AUGAUGAUGUAUACGGGAACUAGUACGGAGCAGGAUACGCGGUUCAGUGACAAGGAGAAAAAGCUGAUGAAGCAAAUGAAAUUUGGCGAUUGUUUGACCCAACAGGUGGACAUGUCCAAGGUGAAGCUUGACGUCCUAAAGCCUUGGAUCACCCAGAAGAUCACAGAAAUAUUGAAGAUGGAAGACGACGUUGUUAUUGAUUAUGUCAACAACCAACUCGAGGAAAAGUUUCCUUGCCCAAAGAAGAUGCAGAUCAACUUGACCGGUUUCCUCAACGGAAAGAAUGCACGACUUUUCAUGGGAGAGCUAUGGGAGCUGUUGCUGAGCGCGCAGGCCAGCGACAACGGUAUCCCCGAGUCUUUUACACAGCAGAAGAAAGAAGAGAUUAAGAAACGAAUGGAAGAACAGCAAAAGGACAAAGAUAAAGACAGGGACAGACGUCGAACUCGAUCCCGCUCUCGGUCGAGGCGUUCGCGCGACCGUCGCCGUUCAAGAUCAAGGUCGAGAGAUCGAGAUCGUUCUACUGACAGGAAGUAUCGUGGUAGCAGCCCGCGGCGUUCCCGACGACGCAGUAGGGACAGGAGUAUUCCCAAACCACCACCACCAGUAGAUGACAUAAAACUACCAGAGCCUAAGGAAAACGGCAAGUCCCCAGAGAAGAGAGAAGAGUUGGAAAUUAAAGAGGAGAAGCAUGAAGAGAACAACCACUCUGAUCAGCUGAAGGACGACUCACAUGUGGAAGAACAGACUGAAGUGAAGAAGGACAAGUCUAAAUCUCGCUCAGCCUCACCUGCCCGAUCAGACAAGGAUGAAAAGGAAAAUGAUGACAAAGCGGCUGAAAAGAAACAUCGCGAAUCAAGUGAUCGCCGAUCGUCGUCAGCUUCGUCGCGCGGCAGCAUUAAGAAACCGACGUCACACAAGAAGCGUCACUACCGUUCCAAUAGGGAUUCGUCGACAAGUGUUAGUCCGAGGCGUAGCACGCGUAGAGAGAGGAGCAAGUCGCGCCAUCGCAGUAGCCGCCGCAGGUCCAUCGAGCGGAGGGAGCGAGACAGGGAGCGCGAGAGAGAGCGAGAGCGGGAAAGAGAAAGAGAACGCAGGCGCCGCGAGAGAGACAGGCGGGACAGGUCACGCGAACGUCGCCGAUCGCUUGAAAGACGUAGAAGGUCCCGUUCACGCUCUCGACGACGUUCUAGAGACAGAUCUCGUGAUCGUCGGCGGUCGCGCUCGCGCAGGCGUUCGAGGUCUCUGCGUCGUUCCGGUCGUCGUUCGCGAGAUCGUCGUUCCAGGGAUAGAAGGUCGAGGGACCGAAGGUCCAGAGAUCGUUCUAGGGACAAGAAGUCACGCGAUCGCACCAAGGACAGAAGAUCAAGAGACAAGAAAUCUCGCGAAAGAAGAUCCAGUGACCUCAUCAAAGAACGGUUGGAAAAAUCUGUCUCAAUACCCCGUAAAGAAACGUUUGAGAAAUUGCGGCCUCCGUCAAUAGACCGUGUCUCGUUGCCGCGUGAUGAAGCUGUGAAGGUGCAAGUGUCAAGUUCCAGUCGUGAGUCGUCUGUCGCCAACGACAAAUCGGCAUCUCAAGACGACACUCUUGUGAAAUCCGCUCAUACGUCCGACGAAGACGACUUUAUUCCCAUUCCGACAUUGCGAGACUAUUCUAAGAGUUUGACACGUACCCCUUCGCCUUUCAUAAGGAGACCAAAAGUCUCAAAGAAGUCAGAUCGAUCAGGCGACGAAGUGUCGGAUAAAGAUCAGCCCGAGUCUGCUGCUGCCGCUCAAGAGACUAAAAAGAAACGUAAACCUAGGGCAUCUGAGUCUGAAAGUGAUAGUAGCGAAGAGGUUCCCAAAUCUAAAAGCAAGGCCAAGCCAAAACGCAAGGACAAAUCUAGUUCACGGCGCUCUAAAAAGGUCAAAAAGGACACUUCUUCUAGUGACAGCGAAUCUGAUGAUUCUUCUUCCAGCGAAUCAGAAGAGGAUAGAAAGAAAAAGAGCAAGAAAAAUGCGAAGAAAAAGCUCUCUAAAAAAUCACGUAAGAAGAGAGCGCGUUCUUCGAGUUCGGAAUCUAGCUCAGAAGAGGAAAUCAAACAUAAAAGUUCAAAAUCCAAACAAAAAGGCAUUCCCGAGGAAUCGGAUACUGAGAAAAAAGGUAAAAAACGCAAGGAAAUAAGCGUGGAACGAACUAAGUCCGAAAAAGUCGACAUAAAGCAGAAUAAAUCUAAAAAACCAGAAAACUCGGAAGAAUCUAACGAGGAAAGUUCCGAAAGUGACAGUAAAAUAAAUAAGAAAAAGACUAAGCACGAGUCCUCAUCGGAAAAAGAAACGAGACGUAAAAAACCUGAUGCCGUCAAAGUGACUUCCCCAGAGGUGUCAAAAUCUAAACGAGAUGAUAAAUCCAAAAGCAAGCAGAUCGAUGAAGUAAAAGCUAAAGCACGCGACGAAGAAAGAAAGGGCAAAAAGCGCGAAAAGGAAGAAUCAUCAUCUGACAGUGAUCAGGUCUCCAAGAAGAAGAAAAAGAAAGUGUCUGAAUCAGAAUCGGACUCUGAAAGUGAUGAACCGAAGAAAAAGCGUGCCAAAAAGCAUAAGAAGCAUUCAAAGAAACACAAGAAGCAUAAGAAACACAAAAAGGCCUCGAAAAAGAAGGACGAUUCUUCAGAGAGCGAGGAGGCCGAGGAAGAGGAAGAAGGUAAAGUGAAUAAUGAAGAUUUAGAAAAGAAACUCAGGGAGAGAGCACUCAAAUCAAUGAAAAAGCAGACGAGCGCUUCUGGUUCUGAUUAA